AUGGUUGUCAACGCAGUCACCAACCCCGUCAUCAGCGGCCUCAACCCCGACCCGUCAAUCUGCCGAGUGGGCUCGGACUACUUUGUGGUCACCAGUUCCUUUGAGUACUUUCCGGGAGUGCCCAUCUACCACUCUCGUGAUCUCGUCAACUGGACCUUGAUCGGGCACGCCCUCACGCGACCGUCCCAGCUGUACAUGCCUCGCGUCGAGCCUGGCGGUGGUAUCUUUGCACCGACGCUACGCUAUUGGAAGGGCACAUUCUACCUGGCGACCUGCUGCGUGUACCGCAGAAACUCGAGAAUAUGUUCCGAAUCUCGCGGGUUCUACGUGCGCACAGAUGACAUUUUCGAUUCCAGUACAUGGAGUGAGCCGAUCUGGUUCGACGCACUGGGGAUUGACCAGGAUCUCUUCUUCGACGACGACGACAAGGUCUAUCUCUGCACGAGUCGCCUGCUCGAUGUCCACAGCUCGGACCCGCACAAUGGGGCCGUGGUUAUGGGGUGCGAGGUCGACCUACAGACCGGACAGUGCUUGACCCGCCCUGUCGUGCUACGUCAGUCCCUCGAGGCCAACCUGUGCACCGAGGCGCCGCAUAUCUUGAAGCGCGGUGAUUUCUACUACCUCUUGGUAGCAGAAGGCGGAACUGAGAUCAACCACCAAGCGCGCAUCUAUCGGUCCAGGUCGCCGCUUGGCCCGUACGAUGACGCGCCUGAAGGAGUGAACCCCAUCAUGUUCAAUGGCACGCACCCCGUUGUGCAGAACUCUGGACACGCCGACUUUGUCGAAGAUCUGAACGGCAACCACUGGGCCUUCUUCCUCGCCGUCCGUGUACAAGCCAACGGCCACCGUCCUCUUGGACGCGAGACGUUCAUGGCUCCAGUAGAGUGGACGGCAGACGGGUGGCCGGUCAUUAACAAGGGCCGUCCCAUUACUCUGGAUGUACUCGACGCAUCAAAACUGCCAGAGGUCAGGCCUUACCGUGGAUGGCGCGACACGUUUGCGGGCAAAACGCUGGGCAUCAACUGGUAUCAUCUUCGUGUACCUGUCAAGCCCCACCAUUCUCUUCAACCGGGGCGCCUCACACUGCACGGCAACGCAUUUACAAUUGCAGACACAGACUGCCCUGCCAUGCUGCUCGUCAAGCAGACCGAACUGUCAGGUACCUGGUCAACGCAGCUCGAUUUCGAACCGACAACAGUGGACCAGGAGGCCGGGGUCACCGUCUACUGGAGUUGCUAUGCGUAUGCGGCCCUUGUGGUUCGGAAAAGUCACGAGCCAGACGGUCACCGUGAGGUAGUGCUGCGGUGGAUUGACGAGCAUUCGGAAGACGUCAAGACCGUCGAGAUCAAGCAAUCCCUCUCAGCCAUCGGUCCUGUUGGACUCAGCAUCCAUGCGACCCCCACGUCGUACACAUUUGCCUUUCAACCCGUUGGAAGUGACGAGGAGACCAUCCUCGGGUCCGUUUCCACUGCUGUCCUCGAGCGUUCUCGCUCCUUUGAUGCAUCCUACACCGGCACCCACCUAGGUAUCUUUGCUCAAGGAACCCAAGGUGUGCCCUGCCAGGACGGCGCCCACUUUGCAUACGCCGGGUUCAGUGUCUAG